GGUUUAGAUUUGGGUAAACUAGGUUUGUCUAUCUUCCUGCAAUCGAAACCUUCGAACGGAGAACCUCAACGGCGAGCUCGGGAAAGUUAUACCCUCCGGCGAUUUCAAUUCGUUAAGCAGGCUCUUUUGAAUAAAGUGUUAGAUUCCUCCAUCUUGCAAUGGUAUCCAGAAGUGAAGUUCUCAGCCUCUGUCGUGCCCUGCUUCGAGCCGGACGUCAAUUCCCUCAUUACAACCUUAGGGAGUACACUAAGCGAAGGACCUUGGAUGGCUUCCGCAUGAACAAGAAUCUCACUGACCAAUCUAAGGUGAACGAGGCUUAUGCUGAAGCUAAGGCACAACUUGUGGUUGUUGAGAGGACGGUCAAGCUUUACUCCUUAUAUCCUCCCAAGACCAAGAACAUCAUGGAAGUCAAGCUUCAGUAGAUACAUUAUACAAGUGAAGAAGUGAACAUUGUGGAAGACAUGUCUUGGAUUGGAGCUGAGAUAGACUAAAGGGAAUGAUGAGUUCCUGGCUUUUUUGCUCUUCUUAAUAAUCUCACACGAUUGUGCAGUUGUUGCAUAACAAAUGUUCCAACUUGUCUGGAGUUUCUGUAUUCCUAGCACUUAUACUGUUAGGUUAUAAAUCUGUGAUUCAAACACAUAAUAUUUAUCUUUUUUGGGCAAAAUAAGAAUACGCAUAAAAUUUA